CUAUCGGAUACCCGAACAAUAUAUUGCAAAAGUCAAUGAGAGCGAGAUUGCAGGCAUACAGACCAUUGCGGCAUGACAGUGCCCGUUACAAGGUGCCAACAGUUAGCGCAAUAUGCAGCGCCCCUCAGGCCUAGAAUUCCAUCACAUCCUUCCAUGCAGGGACAACCGAACGAUGUCAGAAAAGAGCUUCUUCAGGCUGUUUCUCCCAGACCUGGACGACUCGACUCCACCAUAAUUCCUUUGGUGACUGAGACAGCUGCACGUACCCACACACUCUCCGAGCUCGCAACGCCGCCCCGCCAAACCCAUCAUCCUUCCAGGACCUCCCGCACUGUUUCCGAGACCCUCCGCCAGUGUCAAUUGCAUCAGUUGACUCAAACGCAGCCCGUAUCUCUCACGCAGCCUCAGCUGCCGCAACUUGCUGUGCCGUGCUCACAAAUCCAUCCUAAGCUGAGUUGAGCCUUUGGCAAGCAUCCCCUCAAGCUGUCACACUGGCCCCCAAGCUUAUCAAGUUACGACUACAAGUUCGGAGCAAACACCAACUCUGACUUGGGACGUAGUCUUGACACGUUGGAUGAAUUGUUACAUCUGAUACCUUUUUACUAUAAGGCACCC